AUGCCUCUGGAGGACAACAUCCUCCGAGAAGUCUGGGCCUCUGAAAGUGAGCAGGAAGAGGAAGCCAGGAGUCCAGAGCCACAGGCGCGCCCCAAACAGCGUCUCGCCGCAGGGCAGAAGCCAAGAAAGAAGCGGCCUGAGACCCAGGAGUGCCCCAGCCCCGCCGAAGCCAAACCCCGGAGAAGCGCAGCCGCAGGGCGUGGGGACGAGCGGGGGGCGCCACCGCAGGCCGGGAGGAAGGGGCGGCGGCGGGAUGAGCAGCUCAAGCCUCCUGCGGAGCCGAAUCCCUAUGCCAAGUUCAUCCGGGACCCCGAGAGAAAGAAGCCAAGUCCAGGGGAAACUUUCCUCGUAGCCCGAGCCCCAAACGUGCAGGAGGAGGAAGAAGAAGAGGACGAGGAAGAGGACGAGGAGGAAGAGGAAGACAAAAAGAAAGAGAAAGUCUCUCUUUUAAAACCUUCCAAGAAAGUCCUCAAAGGGAAAACAGAUGGAAAUGAGAAGGGAAAGGGUGCCCAGCCCCAAGGAGAUCUGGAAAGCCCUGCUGUUCUUCGAAAAGCUGUUCGAAACAAGAAGAAGGAGGCAGCAGCAGGAGUUUCUUCUGGGGAAGAGCCUAAGAUAAGAAAGGGCAAGAAGAAAGGAUCUAGUGAGGCUGAAAGGGACUCCAGUGAAACACCCACUGGAAACAAAAAGAUUCCAGGAUCCAUGUUCCAGGUUGGAGGAGGUGGCCCUACGGAAAAACCAUUGAAGAAGAAAGCCUCCCCCAAAGUUCCAGAAGCUGAGAGUGAGGAGGAAGAGGCAACAACCAAGAACAGCAACCGAAAAGGGAAAGGGAAAGGGAAAGGGAAAGUCCCAAAGAAGGAGGAAAGGCCCCCUUCACCCCCCAUCGAAGUGGACGACCCCAAGGAGUUUGUGCUGCGCCCAGCCCCACAGGGCAGGACUGUUCGGUGCCGGGUCACCCGUGACAAGAAGGGGAUGGACCGGGGAUUGUACCCCUCCUACUACCUGCACUUGGACAGUGACCGAAAGGUAUUCCUCCUAGCUGGCCGAAAACGGAAACGGAGCAAGACAGCCAAUUAUCUCAUCUCUGUAGACCCCACCAAUCUGUCCCGGACUGGGGAAGACUUCAUUGGCAAGCUCAGGUCCAACCUUAUAGGGUCCCGAUUCACUGUGUUUGACAAUGGAAAGAAUCCCCAUCAAGGAGGUGCAGAUGUGGGAACCUACCGACAGGAGAUGGCAGCUGUCAUCUAUGAAACCAACGUUCUGGGCUUCCGGGGACCCCGAAGAAUGACAGUCAUCAUCCCAGGGAUGAGCUCAGAAAGCGAGAGGAUCCCAAUUCGGCCCCGAAAUGCUAGCGAUGGGCUCCUGGUACGCUGGCAGAACAAAAAUAUGGAGAAUCUGAUUGAACUGCACAACAAGACACCAGUCUGGAAUGAAGAGAGUGGCUCCUAUACCCUCAAUUUCCAAGGACGGGUCACCCAGGCCUCUGUCAAGAACUUCCAGAUUAUACAUUUGGAUGACCCUGACUAUAUUGUGCUGCAGUUUGGCCGAGUGUCAGAAGAUGCAUUCACUCUGGACUAUAGAUACCCACUUUGUGCCCUACAAAGCUUUGCUAUAGCCCUCUCCAGCUUUGAUGGGAAGCUGGCCUGCGAGUGA